AUGCAUUCAGGCUCAACCACAACCUCCGAUGCCAAGAGAUCCUCGACCAAGAAAAAGUUUGAGCCUCGCACCUUCACGGGCUGCUCCAAGAUCGAGGACUACGAGACGAGGAACAAGAUCGGCGAAGGCACAUUUGGCGAAGUAUCCUUUGCCCAACAUAAAAAGACAGAAGCCAAGGUCGCCCUGAAGAGGAUUCUGAUGCACAGCGAGAAGGAAGGGAUUCCGAUCACCGCUCUGCGCGAAAUCAAGAUCCUGAAGUCGCUCAAUCAUCCCAACAUUGUGCCGCUCCUCGAGAUGGCAAUCAAGAAAGGCGAUAAGUCCAGUCGAUCUCGUGGCUCGAUUUUCAUGGUGUUUCCCUAUAUGGACUAUGAUCUGGCCGGUUUGCUCGAGAAUCCUGCGGUUCGGUUUAACCAGUCGCAGAUCAAGUCAUAUAUCAAGCAGCUGCUCGAGGGCACGUAUUACCUUCACCAGCACAACAUUCUUCAUCGAGACAUGAAAGGAGCCAAUAUCCUGAUUGACGCCCAGGGCAACCUUAAACUGGCCGACUUUGGCCUUGCCCGGUCCUUCAACCCCGAGGAUCCAAACAAGGCCUAUACCACCCUUGUGGUAACCCGGUGGUACCGACCGCCAGAGCUCCUCUUGGGGGCAACAAAGUACAAUGCGGCAAUCGACAUGUGGGGUGUUGGAUGCGUCAUCGGCGAGAUUUUCAAGCGAAGGCCCAUCCUUACCGGAACCAGCGAUAUUGACCAGCUCGAAAAGAUUUUCGAGCUCUGCGGAACGCCAAACAAGCACAACUGGCCCUCCGUCGACCAACUGACAGAUUGGGGCAAAAUCCAGUUCAAGGUUUAUCAACGGAAUGUCCUGCGACGCUUUGAACAGUACGAUCGGCUGGCAAUCGAUCUGAUGGACAAGCUUCUCGCGCUCGAACCAGCGACCAGACUGACCGCCGGCGAAGCCUUGAAACACGACUAUUUCUACCAUGGCUGGCGCAUUGCUGUGCCCGGAACAAAGGAGUGGGUAUCCGAUAGUGCUUGA